AUACAUACACAGCUGUACAGAAUCUGAGCCGCUUGCAAACAGUACAUGUCAUAAAAUGCCACGAAAAAAAUCUGAGGACUUUUACAGAUUACACGGCUUUACGGCCAACUGUGAGCGAGGGAAGUACACGGCGACCUGCCACUUCUGCCACAAAGUGCUCCAGAACACCGCGCUGACCCGCCUGGCACUGCACAGGCAAACUUGUGAUGAACAGCGGCGCAAGGACUUGGCCACUGAGACUCUGGAAAGUUAUAUUGACAACCGGCACCAGAUCAAGAUCCAGAAAAUAUCGGCUGAAGAUGAAGACCAAUUGGCCAGUGACAACGGAGGAAAAGAGAUUAUAGUUCAGAUACAACAAAUUCUAGAUGCUACCGAUAAUGGAAAAGCUAAAAAAGCCCGGAAAUCUGUCCUCGUGAAAGAGGAAACUCGCCAAAGUGCUGAACCGGAGGAAGAGGAGCAUAUGGAAGAGCAGCAUUUGGAAGAGCAGCAUUUGGAAUACGAGAUCACCGAACCUGCUUUUAUAGACGAGAGCAAAGAAGAUUACAUAUUGCAGGAACCGCUGGAGGAUUCAAACAAUGGCUCUGCAAUAUUUUUGGAGCCUAGGCCCAGGAACAACCUGGCUGCCCUUAAGGCGGAGAAGAUGCGAGCAGAGAUCCGGCAUUACCAGAGUAAGACCAAGUUCCUCAAGACGGAGACCGACAACCUGAAACUCGAGCGCACCCUGGCUCUGCUGAAGAUUCAGAAGCUGAGGCUCGAAAUCGACAGCCUGCGCGGCUAAGUUCUGUGUCUGCCUGCAGAAAGUGAUUUGAGAUUUGGACUUGGAUACCCAGAGUGGUAUCUAUAUAGCAUUUAAAUAAAAAGGAUAAUUUUACUAUUCUUGUAUUCUUUCUUAACUACACGAAUUAAAAGUUUUUUAAAACAAA